AUGCCAUCACCGGAAUCUUCGGAAUCGUCCCCAUUACGAUCUGGUAUUCUGCAUUUAAACCUUGGUUCACCUGAGUUGAGAUUACCAAAGAGUCCGGAAUCUGAUAUUGAACAUAUCAGGGAAAGGUUUGAAGGAUUGGAGAGACCUGGAAUUGAAAUACUACAAAAUCAAGAGGAUGAAGAAUCAAAUGAUGAUAUAGAUAUGCUCAAUAUUGAUGAGGUUGAUCAAGUGCGAGGUGAAAUCUCGGAUAGUAAUUUGGCAGUUGAUGAGGAAUUUCAGCACUCUUUGAAUGAAAGAGCCAAUCAAUUUACACCAGGAAGUGAAGGUAAUAGUAUCAAUACAACUUCAUUUCCCUCUAUACCUAAACCAAAAGUUGAUUUUGUAUAUGGUGACAAUUUCUCACUAUCAACAGAAGUUAACGAAUGGUUCACAGAAAGAGAGUUGAAACAGUUACCACUUUUCAAGAGGGCUUUCAAAAGUUUUACAGGCUCAGCGGAUUUCAAUUCUUUAGAUGACAUUCAAAAGUCAGCACUUAUUACUAUUCUUAAUGAGAAAUUACAACAUAGAGAUACAACUUUAAACUCAUUAUUAUGUAUUGUCUUUAUAUCGUUGGGAUCUUAUCAUGCUCAUUCCAGCAUCGAAAGUCACCAAGCGGCUAUCAUUUCCAACAACAGACUUCUAGCAUCUAAAAACUUAAUUCCAACACUAGUCAAAACAAUACAGAAGGCCAUAGAGAGCUUGAAAGGAAAGAAACAGCCAAUUGCUGCCAACUCGCAAAUACUAUUUCUUUCGACAACCAUCUUAUAUUUGAUCAUCUCUGUUCAUAUUUAUGAACCAAAUGGAAAAGUCACAAGUCAACUAACAGAAGUAAAUAUUUUAUUGAUUUUGGUUAAAUUCAUUGACCAUUGGAAAUGGAAUAGCUCCCCAGUUUUAAGGAUAAGGAAUAUAAUUUCAUUGUUCAGUAAAUGUUUACAAUACUUGUUUGGUGAUUUUGAAAAGAGAUCUGAAGUGAAAUCGGUUCUUCAAGAAAAAUAUGGGAUUUCUAAAGAGAAAGAUACUUCAAAACUGACCACCACACCACUGGAUUAUCAUACAUUCAGGGAUGACAUCACCUCAAGGUAUCCAGCUUUAAUACCACCACCGUCAACUUUACCUGACAACUUUGAAAAUUCAUCAUCACUUUCUCAAUUCUUGAACAUUUCAAGAACGCUGGAUUCUCAUAAAGCCAACUCAUCACUUCCUCCACCAUCUGGUCAUAUUUCCACCCCAGCUCCUUCACCACCUUCAACCCCUAUUAAUAAAGCAGCAAAGACGAAAAGAUCCUAUCAGGUAAAUCAAAGUUAUCCGUUUAUUUAUCCCACAGAGGAAACUACAAAUACUCUUUCAUCUAAUAUUCCUAAAAGUAUUGAGGAGGCUUCCCAUUUGUGCUCAUCAAGAUUACAAGAUAAAUUGAGUUUAAAACAGCUUUGGUGUGAAAGAGAUAACUUUAUGAAACAAGAAAGAGGAUGGACAGAAUCGAAUCAAGAUCCAAAUGAAGAAUUCGACUAUUACAAUGACAUAUUUAAAAAUGACGAGGAUGUUACAGCUCUAAUAAUUUUAGAAAGAGUAGAGAAAUUUUAUGGUGACUCCUUACCAUAUUUGUCCUCUUUGGUGCAUGUUAUCCUACAAGUUGCCGUAAGUGCAACAGAAAACAACGAUUCUUUCAACGUGGAAGCUUUUAAGAGAAGUAAUGAUACUGAACAGGAAACUAUAAGGAUCAAAGAUAUUGCAUUAAAAAAGUCAAUUUACAGUUUGAUCUUGUUACUAAAAUGGUUUAAAGUUAGUCAUAUCCUCAAGUUUGAGUACCUUAGUACCUUGGUAUAUGACUCAAAUUUUUUGGGAAUAAUGGCGCAUUAUUUGAAAUCUUUAGGGGACUCUUUAUACUCAAGAAUAACCUAUAGAAGUACGGAUUCCAUUGAACUUUCUUUUUGGAAAAAUUGUGGGACUAUACAAGAAAAAGAUCUUACAGCUGCAACAACUCCUGGUGUAGAUGUGACAUUUUGCUUCAAUCUGACAAGUUUAUUAAGUAUAGGGUCCUUAGUAUGUCAUAAAAAGACACAGAGAAUUAUCUCUUUAUCAGAAAAAGAUCUUGCAAAGUUUUUCAAGCCAUUUUUUUUGUUAAUCAAUAACUCAUUGUGGAAGCCCAUCUUGAAAAUGGUGAAAGAUAUAACCCCUUUCAAUGGAAGAAAAUGGAAGUCCCAUAAUAUGGAUCUGAUAUCAAUGGUGUACCUUCACCUAAAACCUCAAUUGAGAGAUAAUUGGUUAUCUGGUAGAGAUCUAGAUGGUGAGUUAAAAGAUGCAUAUGGACAAGAGAUCGCACUGCGUGCCAUUGUUCAGUUUUAUCAUCUGAGAAGAUAUAAUGAGAGAAUGCAUGAACUAGGUUACAAAAAACAAAGUCAUGAUUUUUUCACCAGAGAGAUUGAGCUUAUAGCAGUUUCUGAGUCCUGA